AACAAAUACCAGCAUUGAUAGCACACGAGUAUAGCGUUUUUUCUGUUACUGCUAUGGUAGAGUUUAUUUUUUUUGGGUUUCUUUAUAAUAGCGGUGUGUAAACGCUAUGAUAGAAAUUUAAUGAGCGGGAAUCUAAAAUGACUUAAUCCGCCAACACUUAGCAAAAAAAAACCCUUUAGCGCCUCAGAUCUAAUUCAUCUCCCUCUUCAGUCAAAACACUUAACCAAAAACAAAACCCUUUCUCUCUAGAAAUUUUUUCCGACAAAACUCAGAGUAAUCCUCAACUCUCAAAUACUCUCUCAACUCUCAAAUCCUCUGCGGCGUAUUAAGGUCGGAUUUGUACUCCUCCGUAGCCACAUUCUCCUUCGCAGCGGCCGUCAGCUAGCUAAAAUCGAGGCAUGCAUGUCUUUCUUCGUUUCUAUAACUUCCAUUUCUAUUGAUUUUUUGGUCAAGAUUGUCUCUAAUUUCAACCUAGUUCAGUAGAUUGGUACAGAAAAUCGGAUUUUAUAUGUCAUUUUGAAAUUAGGGUUCUUCGAUUAGUUUGAAAUUAGGGUAAAGCGAAAACUUCUGCGAUUUUGAUGUCUGUUAAUCAUUUUGAUCCACAUUCUCUUCACAAAGAUCUUGGUUUUGCGAUUUAGAUUUCUCCUAAUCGAUUUGUUAGUAGAUUUUUUAUUUAAGCUUAUACUGAUUCUGCUUUUUUGAUUCUGCAUUUUUUGGCAAGUGUUGGUGAUUGAAAUGUUGGGGAACUGAAGCUUUGCCUUUGUUGUACCAAUACGACAGGAGACUUAAUUAAAUGGGCAGACCAAAGAAGAAGGGAGGGAAACAAUCAAGUAAGAAGAAGGGUACAACAAAGGAUGAUGAGCCAGAGUAUAUUGGUACUGUUGAGCCUGAGAUUCAGGAACAAGAACAGCAGACUGCAGAAGAACCACAGACCAGUAAGCAAGUGGAGCAACCUGUUCAAGUAUCUCAGACGGAAGGGAUAGUACCAGCUGAUAAAGAUGGACAAGAGGAUGACCCUGAAGGUGAGCUUGAGUUAUCUGAAGACCAGGAGCCUAAGCGUAAGAAACAUAGGGGACCAACCAAGAUGAAAAACAUUGCCAAAGAUCCAACUGUCAGAGAAAAAGUUGACUACAAUCUCAUGGGAGAUCCUUAUGGUCCAGGGUCAGUGAAGCUGUCAUCAUACGUUGGAACACUGGUUAGAGAACAUGUUCCUGUUACAAUUGAAAACUGGAAGCAUGUUGGUCAAGAUAUCAAAACAGUUUUGUGGAAAUCUGUUCAGGCAAGGUUUGAACUUGAUGAGGAGUUUCAAAGGAUUGCUGUGUUAAAGCAGAUGGGAAAUUUGUGGAGAUCAUACAAGUCACGCAUUGUCAAAGAUAUAAAUGAGGCUGCUAAUAACCAACAGAGGAUGAAUUUGAGACCAAUGAAUGUGAAUCCAGCAGAUUGGAGAAAAUUUGUCAAAGUCAAAACAAGCACAGCCUUUAAGGCUGUGAGUGAUAAAUAUAAGGAGAGGAGGAGUAAACAAAUACCUCAUACUACUAGCCGCAAAGGAAUGGUCCGACUUACUGAGGACAUGAAAAUUGAAAGUGGAGAUCCAUCUGAGGUGACUAGGCUGAAGGUGUGGGUCAAGUCGCGUACCAAAAAGGAUGGCACGCCAGUGAAUACUAAUGCAGCUGAAAAGAUUAUGAAAGCAGCUGAGCUUGUUGGAAGUGAUGCUCCAACAACCACAACAAAUCCAGAAGAAGAUCACCUCUGUCAACUUUUAGGACCCGACAAUCCUGGUAGGCUGCGGGCAAUGGGUAGAGGCAUGAGUAAGACCAAACUAGCUUGUUUUCAAGUGAAGACCAAGGUUAUGACUGACAUGGAAGAGAAGCAGGUUCAGUUACUGAAGAAGGUGAAUGAAUUGGAGGAGGAACUUAGCAAAAUGAAGAAGCAGAGACAAGAACCAGAAAUAGGUGAAAACUCAGCUGCCAGAAGUGUAAACAAAAGAUCACACCCUAAGUGUGUAUUGGUUGAUUGGUCUGGUAGUGAUGAAAACGUUGGUGAGGGGCGUAUUCUAUCUUCUGAUCCUGAUGACUUAGUGAAUGACUGUCGUCUAGGCCCUACAGAUCUUAAAGUGUUGGUUGAAACUGCUACUAAAGCAGAUGCAUUCCUCUGGAGACCAGCAACUAAGAUGUUUACUAUUCAGGAAGCUGUUGGACAGAUUAUUGCAUGGCCAUCCUCUAAGUGUGUUCUUUUGGACAAAGAGCUACAAAUAGAAGACAUUGCGCCUUUGGGCCUAAGAGCAAACUCUAUGAAUAAAUGUAAACUGCUGGAUUUGUCUGAUGAUGAUGUGAUUGUUGCUGAGGGUCGUUGGCAGACACAAGAAGAAACUGCAUUGGUUAAUGGACUACCUCUUGGACCAAAGGCAGUAAAAGUAUUUGUGGAUUCAGUGCUUCAACCAGAAACAUUCAUAUGGAGGCCUACAAUUGAUAUGGCAUACCUUGAGGACUGUUUGAUGGCUUUUGUUUCAUGGCCUGUCAAUAAAGUUAGCUUUGAGACUCAGUCUCCUAGACAGCAUUCUGCAUCAACUGAUAUACCUUCAGGAUCUAAAUCUGCAGUUGGGACAAAAUCUGCGGAGACAAGUAAUAAACCAGCGUCUAAUGCCUCUAAAUCUUCAGGAUCAGGUUCUGAAUCUCCUAUUGAGACUGAAACACGCCCAAGCUCUCCAGUAAGGAAAACUAUACCAGAUUCACAGUCUCCUAUCCGGAAAUCACAGCGUAUCAUGCAAAAUGGUUCAAAGGAGAAUAAGAGAUGCAAGUUGAUGGACAUUACCGGAAAGAGUCGAGUAGUUGCUGAAGGACGAUGGGCAACAAAUGAUCCAAACCAGAAGGUUCACUUUGUUCCUUUGGGUACUAAUGCUGUUAAAGUGUGGGUAGAUAUCGUCAAAGUUAGCGAUGCAGAAGUUUGGAGGAAAUCAGAUGAAAUAGAGAUUAUGGAAGAUGCCCUUGGGACAGUUAUUGCAUGGCCUGAGGACAAAGUGAUCAUGGCCUGAGGUUUGGUUUGUGAAACUUCUUUGGAACACUUAUUUUCAGACUUUUAGUUGGUUGGUUUUGGAUCUUAAGGAGAUCAUUGACAGGAUCUUUGGAAAACUUGUUAGCUUGUUAUGUGAAACAUGUCUUGUGAAUUGUAUCUUGGAUUUGAAGUUAUUAAUGAUGUAUUUGGGGAUUUUAAAA